AUGUUCAUUAAGCAAAUUAUUAUCCAAGGCUUCAAGAGCUAUAAAGACCAAACGGUUAUCGAGCCGUUCUCUCCAAAGCACAAUGUGAUAGUUGGCCGCAAUGGCUCCGGCAAGAGUAAUUUCUUUGCCGCAAUUCGAUUCGUUCUUAGUGAUGCUUAUACACAUAUGGGAAGAGAAGAACGCCAGGCGCUGUUGCACGAGGGCUCGGGUUCCGCCGUGAUGUCAGCAUACGUUGAAAUUAUAUUUGACAAUUCUGACGACCGUUUUCCAACAGGCAGAGAUGAGCUUAUACUGCGCCGUACCAUCGGAUUGAAGAAGGAUGAAUAUACUCUUGACAGGAAAAAUGCCACAAAAUCCGAUGUAAUGAACUUGCUUGAAUCGGCCGGCUUCUCAAGGUCAAACCCAUAUUAUAUUGUGCCGCAGGGCCGCGUCACGACUUUAACAAACAUGAAGGAUUCCGAACGGUUAGUGCUGCUGAAGGAAGUUGCGGGAACGCAGGUUUAUGAGGCACGACGUACGGAAUCUUUAAAGAUAAUGAACGAGACAAACAAUAAACGAGCGAAGAUUGACGAAUUGCUGGAUUAUAUCAACGAGAGGCUUGGCGAACUCGAGGAGGAAAAGGAUGAGCUUAGGAACUUCCAAGAGAAAGAGAGAGAAAGGCGGUGUCUUGAGUACACUAUUUAUUCUCGAGAGCAAGCGGAAAUUUCGAGCGCGCUAGAAAGCAUUGAUGAUCAGAGACAAGCAGGCGUCGAGGACACAGAUGCAAACAGAAACAGACUCAUUCAAGGCGAAAAUGAUAUCGCUCAGAUUGAGACUCAGAAAGCAGAACUCAGGCAGCAAACGGAGCUUUUGAAGUUGGAGAAAGAUCAGUUAGAAGAUGAUAGGCGUGAUACAUCUCGAGCCCUCGCGCAAGCCGAGUUACAGCGCAAGUCCCUGUCAGAAGGUCAGAAUGCUGCUCAACAGUCAAAAGCUGAGCGCGACGCAAAUAUUGAACGAGUCAACUCUGCAAUUAAAGAACGCGAGGAGGAGUUGAGCAUACUUGUCCCUCAGUUCAAUGAAUUGAAGGAAAAGGAGGACCAAGCCAAAUCUAGCUUGAACGACGCUGAAACUGGUAGACAGCGGUUAUAUGCAAAGCAAGGUAGAAUUUCUAGGUUCAGGAACAAAAGUGAACGUGAUAGCUGGCUGCAAAGCGAAAUACAAAAUACUUAUACCCAGGCUUCAACCGUCAAGGCUCUUCAAAUGCACACAAUUGAGGAAAUCAAGGUGCUCGAAAACGACAUUGCCUUGCUGGAGCCAGAGGUUGAAAAGCUUCGGAAGCAAGCCGACGGUUGGGGUGACAAUAUUCAGUCUAUCGACCAGGAAGUUCAAACUGCUAAAGAUGAACGAGAUAGGUUAAUUGAUCAGAGAAAAGAACUUUGGAGAGAGGAGGCUAGACUAGACUCAAUCCUCACCAAUGCCACCCAUGAAGUGGAAAGAGCAGAACGAUCACUUGCCCACAUGAUGGACCAAAAUACUAGCAGAGGUCUUGCGGCAGUACGCCGUAUCAAACGGCAGUAUAACCUUGAGGGUGUUUAUGGAACACUUGCAGAACUAUUCGAUGUCGGUGACCGAUAUCGUACUGCAGUUGAAGUAACUGCUGGACAAAGUCUGUUUCAUUAUGUUGUCGACACUGAUGAGACUGCUACCAAAGUACUAGAGAUAUUGCAAAAGGAGAAGUCUGGAAGGGUUACAUUCAUGCCUUUAAACCGACUAAAGCCGAGAGCUAGUAACAUUCCUCGGGCCAGUGACACGAUUCCGAUGAUUGAAAAGCUGCAAUAUGACCAACUGUACGAACCGGCUUUCCAGCAAGUCUUCGGUCGAACUAUCAUCUGCCCCAAUCUCCAGAUCGCAUCUCAAUAUGCUCGCAGCCACGGAGUUAACGCCAUCACCCCUGAAGGUGAUAGAUCUGACAAGCGUGGUGCUUUGACUGGUGGUUUUCAUGAUUCCCGGAAAUCACGUCUUGAUGCAACAAAGAAUGUUGCCAGAUGGCGAGAUGAGUAUGAUGCAAAGAAGGCCCGCGGAGGAGAAAUUCGCCGGGAAUUGGAGAAAAUGGACCAGUUGAUCACGCAGGCUGUUGGACACCUGCAAAAAGCGGAACAAAAACGGCAACAACUUCAAUCUAGCAACGGACCACUACGGCAGGAGAUUAAGAGCAAGCGGGAUCUAUUACAUAACAAAACAGACGCUCUUGAGGCAAAACGACGUGCUCUUAAGAAUAUUGAAGCCAACGUGGACUCACUCACCAGCCAAAUAACUGCCCAUGAGGAGGAACUUGCUACACCAUUCGAGAAGGCACUUUCAAGCGCAGAAGAAGCCCGCCUGGAGAGCCUAAACUCUGUGGUGCAGGAUCUUCGACGGGAACAUGCAGCGCUGUCUAGCAGCCGUAGUGAACUAGAGACGAGGAAAUCUAUCCUAGAAGUUGAACUACGAGAAAACCUUUACCCACAGCUCAAUCACCUAUCCGACCAGGGUCUCGAUGCUGGCGAAGACACCGCCCAAGGAAGCUUAAAAGAGAGCGAAAGAGAGGUCAAGAAACAGCAGAAGACCCUCGAAAAACUCAGCCAAAAGCUUCAGAAACUAGAGAAUUCUAUAGAUCAGCAAAACAACGAAGCUGCACAACUUGAGCAACGCCGGGUGGAUAUAAAACGCGAGCUGGAGGAAUUUGCGAAAUCGAUUGAAAAGCACCAGCGCCGUAUGGAAAAAAGCAUGCAGAAGAAGGCAGCGUUGACUGCGCAGGCUUUAGAAUGCAGUGCUAACAUUCGUGACUUGGGUGUGCUUCCAGAUGAAGCGUUUACGAAAUUCAAAAACACAGAUUCAAACACCAUCGUCAAGAAGCUACACAAAGCUAAUGAAGCUCUUAAGAAAUAUUCACAUGUGAAUAAGAAAGCAUUCGAGCAGUACAACAGCUUCACGAAGCAGCGAGAGACACUGACAAAACGUCGUGAGGAGCUGGAUGCCUCGCACAAGUCAAUCGACGAGCUGAUCAUGAUCCUGGAUCAGAGGAAAGAUGAAGCAAUUGAACGAACCUUCAAGCAGGUUUCAAGGGAGUUUGCUAGGAUUUUUGAGAAACUAGCUCCUGCUGGCCGAGGACGACUUAUCAUCCAGAGGAAGACUGAUGCUACCGUUCGACAGCAGGAGGAUAUGGAUUCAGACGAAGAGGAAGCUCGUCGUAGUGUGGAGAACUACAUUGGGGUAGGUAUCAGUGUCAGUUUCAACAGUAAACAUGAUGACCAGCAAAGGAUCCAGCAGCUCAGUGGUGGGCAGAAGAGUUUAUGUGCGCUUGCUCUUGUUUUUGCCAUCCAGGCUUGUGAUCCUGCACCUUUUUACCUCUUCGAUGAGAUCGAUGCCAACCUUGACGCCCAGUAUCGAACGGCUGUAGCCCAAAUGCUUCAAUCUAUAUCAGAGGAGACCAACGGCCAGUUUAUCUGUACCACAUUCCGACCCGAAAUGCUUCAUGUUGCCGAGAAGUGUUAUGGCGUAAGCUUCCGUAGCAAGGCCAGUACCAUUGAUGUUGUCUCCCGUGAGGAGGCCCUGAAGUUCGUCGACGAGCAGAAGUCUUGA